AUGGCACAAGACUAUAUUGUUCCCUUCUAUAAAGGUCAAAGCAUUGAAGAUGCCGGUGAAGAAUAUGUUUCAUUGUUCUUGAAGAGAUCUUUUCUCCAAAACAGUAAGAAAAAUAAAUCAGGUGAGAUUGUAUCUUUUAAAAUGAACAAUCUAAUGCUUGAUAUUGCUCAAAAUGUCGCAAAUAAGGAAAUCUGUACAUCUACUAGCCUCAGUGACACCGUAGAUGAAGAAAUUCGGCAUUUAUCUGUUGUCAGGGGAGGUCAUAGUAAAUACUCUUUGGGUAAGACCCAUAUCUAUUCUUAUCUUCAUGUUGGUAAAAAUGGUUUCAAAAUUGAGAAGGUGAACAACAUGUUCUUGAAUUCCCUUAUAGAAAAUUGUAAGUCACUAAAGGCAUUAGACUUGAGUGGGUUAAUGAUCAAUAGGUUGCCGGAAUCAUUAGGUGAAUUGGUACAUAUAAGGUAUUUAAAUCUAUCAGAUAAUAUAGAUCUGGAUGUACUGCCUGUGUCAAUUGCAAAAUUACGUUUUCUUCAAACUAUAGUUUUGAAGCGGUGUCGUACAUUGAAAGGGUUGCCAAAAGAUUUUGUUAAGCUAGUGAACCUUAGGGCGUUGGAUAUAACAAGUUGCUUCAAUAUAACUAUGGAUGCAACUAGUGACAAUUAUUCAAGUCGAACUCAAUGUUUUGAGGCGUUUCUAGACUUGAAACCUCUUAGCAACCUUAGAGGAUGUCUAAAUGUACACAUCCGGUGGCCCAAAAAUCCUAUUAUGACUGUUAAGGAAGACGAUGAUCAGGAAGGAUUAUAUUUGAAGAAUAAGAAACAUCUCAAUGCCUUAAAUUUUCACUUCAUACAUGAGGCUGAUGGAAAGAAAGGUGAACUAGAGUACAUAGGGGAAGAUAAUCCAUCAGAUAAUUCCAGCUCUACACUUGAUCCAGAAUUGUUAAGAGUAGGAAGAUCAUCAUAUUUAACCUGCCUAGAAACACUUGAGCUGAGCAGUCUGCCAAAGUUGAAAGCAUGGAGGCCAAGAGGAAUAGGAGAUGCUCACCUUUUCAGCCGUGGUUGCAGCGACAAGAAGACGAUACCGUGUUUUUCUCAAUUAAAGUCAUUGUUCUUGUGGAAUUGUCCAGAGUUGAGUUAUAUUCCAUUCUGCCCUAGGGUGGAAGACUUGAAAUUAGUUAAUUUCAACGACAGAUUGCGAAUAAUGGAAAAUACAGGAAAUUUUGAAGAACUAGGAAAUGUUGCUUCCUCAUCCUCAUCUGCACCCUACAGUGGAGGAUAUAGCCAACAUGGCACCACUCGAAUCAAGAAUGUGGCUAUAUCGAACGUGGGUUGGCUUGGUUUACUACCAAUGGAGGCUUUCCGAUGUCUGGAAAAAAUGGAUAUAUGGUGUGACAAGGAAGUGGAGAGCCUUAAAGAAGCAGAGCAGUUGUUUCGUAGUUGUUCAUCUUCGCUGAAAGUCUUGAUUAUUCACAAUUGCUGCAAUUUACGAAGUGUUGUUUCAGGAGGAUUGGAGCAUCUCAUUGCAUUGACAGAGUUUCAGUUAAGGAAUUGUGAUAAUUUGAAUCUAUCUGAAGAAGUAGUAGAAGAAAACGAGAGUGAGCACCGAUUCUGUAACCACUCCCUCCACAUCGUGACAUUGCAAGGUCUUCCACAGCUAGUGAAUCUGCCCAACUGGUUGCAACUUCUGCCUGAUCUCCAAACCAUUGCCAUUUCCUUGUGCAGUCGACUCAAAUCACUGCCGGAUUGGUUGUCUAAACUCACCUCGCUAAGAAAACUCAGAAUUUCGAGCUGUUCGAGACAGCUGGAGAGAAGAUUCAAAGAUUCACAAGGGGAGGAUUGGCCUUGCAUUCAACACAUCCCAGAUUUUGACUUCCGAAAUUGUUUUUAG